CAUUUGUUCAAGCCUAAAUCGUAAUUAUUUUAAAGCGCCUAUUCACCCCCCCCCCCUCUAGGCGACAUCCAUGAUCUUUCAGCAUGUAUCUUCAGUAUUUUGUCAGUUUCCUUAACCUAGUACGUCUAAUACCAUUUUUUGCCUGCCCAAGUAAAGUGCUAACAUCAUGAAAAUAUAAGAGUGUCUUUCUGUUUGCCUUUCUGUUUUAACUGAUCUUUUGUGUUGUGUAUGUCAAAUCCCAACAGUUGUCGACAGAGGCAUAUCACAUGCCUGGGUUUGGCUGUAAGCAUGUUAUUUGCGGAAUGGAAUACUGUUUUACUUACAUGGAGUGGAAGAGAUGGCUGGUUUUGAUGUUAUUUUUUAUUGACUGAAUACAGAUUUGUUCUGUUUUUUAGACUUCAGACAUGAAGUAGUGGGCACGCCUCCUCUGACAUAGUUUGUUAUACUUCUUAUUAGUAUUAUUCAGUAUACUUCUUAUUAGUAUUAUUCAGUAUUAUUCAGAGUAAAGAGCCCGUUGAGCCAACAGGGGGUUGUUUGCAACACCUAACAAACGAAUGUCAGUACGCAUAUAUGUUGAUUUUUGGGUUUGUUGUUUUGUUUGAAGUGAGCAACAACCAAAUCAUAUAGUGUGUUUUCUAAGCUAGCUUCCUAAAGUGAUUACUUCAGCCUAGCUUGUGGUUGUUGUUUCUUAUCCGAAACAAUUUUUUGUGCUAGGGGGUGGGGGUGGGGAUGGCAGAGGUGUUUAGUUGAUGAACAAUGAUGAUAUGCAGUUUGUUGAGUAUUUAAUUUUUCAGAGCUGACUCUGUAAUUUAAGUCACUGUAAAUUGAUUUUGUAAGUUUUCAGAGUUGACUCUGUAAAUCAAGCCAGCAAACUGUUAUCUGCCCGUCAAACAAAUCCCAGUCCUUUUUUGUGUCUAACAUCAUUGUUCGUGCCCGAUAAACUAAUAUUUUUUUAGAGCAUACAUCAUGUGUUUUUCAGUUUUUCUAUUUUGUUCAGAGAGCAUGCAUUUUUAUAUUCAGAGAGUGCGUCUAACCAGUUAGUAUUCAGAGAGGAUCAUGUUUUUAUUUUAUUUUAUUUCCUCAAGCUAUUUAUGUCUAAUGCUUUUGCCUGCCCAACUAUAAGUGCACCAUCAGUGCAACAUAUAGAGACCAGUAACUCUACAGAAUCAUUUCAGCCAGCUGACAAACGAGGAGGAUCAGUCAAUGUUCAGAUAGUUUGAAACAUGAUUUUCAGUAAUAUUCAGUAAUCUGUUUUUUUAUCAGAGAGUUGACCAUCAGUCAAUGUUCAGAGUUUUUCAACUCAUGAGUAAAUGCUUAGAGAGGAUGACUUGAUCUUUUUUCCUUUCCUAGUAGUAGUCUCAGCUUUGUAAAUAGUCAAUGUUCUGGUUUAAUUAGUACUGUAGUUUUUCUCAAUGUACACAUAACUUUUUUUUAACUUAGGUUCUUUUUUUGUGUUUUUUUUAAACAUGAGCUUUUAAACAAAGAUACAAUUCCAGAGCCUUUGGAGUCAAACAACAACAGUCAAAAUGAUGGUUCAGGGGAUGAUAGCAUGGAUGAGCAAGAGGAGCAAAGUAUAGUCGAUAUGACAGAAUCAGAUGCAUCAGACGGCAUGCUGAUCGAUGGCCUGAGAACAUUUUUACAGAAAAGACAAGAGAGGAAGCAGGAGAGGAGUGCUUUGAAAGAGAAAAGGAAGAAGAGGACAAGGCCAGAGAAAGGAAAAGCCAAAGGGCACAUGAACAAAGGAAGAGCAACUGCAUACAGCAGGUUUAGCAUUGGAUAUUUCGCGAAGAUUGUUGAUGUUGUGUGCCAAAGCAAUCAUAGGAUGGAGGUUGUGAGGAACGGCGGUUUUGGAUACUUGCUCGAGCUAGAAGAUUGCUAUGUUCCAAGGCCUUUUGCUCGAGUUAGAGUCCUCCAACCAUUUGUAUAUGCCAACUGACGAAGAUAAUGGAUGGAAGAGGCAGGAAGAAGAGAAUGAAGACUAGUACACAGCAGUCAGAAACUUCAACAACUAAGGACAAUAUAUUGGAAGUUAAAAUAAAGGAAAGCAGACUUGAAGCAGCUGUGGAAGGAGGGGAAGCUGAAAUGCAGUCAGUACCGGGCAAUGGUCACACGAAAGAGCUCGAAAAAGAAGCUUUAAUGGAACAAACCAUGCAGAAUAGCAACGUCGCAACACAGCAACCAGAGAUGAAUAUGCUUGAUGCAGAUACCAAUUUUCCCAAGUGCAAUGCUAGUGAUUGUUCGACUCAAAAAGAAGCACCUGAAAAGAGCACUAGCCUGAACUACAUGUUGUUAUCAGCUAGAUUGGCAAGAGCACUCGAAACGACAGAACAAGACAUGAACUCAAAGGAUGAAGCCAACACACAUGUACCACCAACUUUCUCAGGUUUCCAACAUAACACUGUUAACAGUAAUCAAUCUGAGCAUUGCACCGAAAGCAAGACAAUGUAUCAAGCAAACGAAGCAGCAGCAAUUGAGUGUGUGGAAUUAGAUACCACUGCCUCCCCACAAGACAACAAUAACCAAGAUGAUUUUCGUUUCAAUGAAGUCAGGGAGCAGGGGAAACAUGCAGGACUUGAUAUUGAUAUCAACAUACCACUAUCAAAUAGCGGUAUAGAUGACAAGCAGAAACAUGUGGAAGAUUUCCAACACACUAUGCAUCCAUUGGACAUUGCAAGACAAAAGUAUUUCUUUUUUGAUGAUAUGACACCUACCUGCAGAAUUUUUGUUGACCAUGAUGAUUGUGGGAACGAAAUAACAGAGCCAGAACUGUGGCGCGAUCUAGACACGGACUCGAAUGCAUAUGAAGCCCAGAUAGAGGAAGCUAAGAAAAAAUAUAAAUCGAAUACAAGUAAGGACAUAAUCAAAGGAUUCAGCUCACAGCAUGAGCAAACAGCACUGGGUGAUUCAUCCAUACAUUAUGCGCAGAAAGAGCCUGCGACAACAGAAAUGUGCAAGUACAGAAACUUUCUUCCUGGGUUCGAAGAAAUAGACGACAUUAUUGACUUGACAUGGGACAAUGCAAAAACGUGUUAUUACCCAAUGAGAACACAGAACUAUGAGAAUGAUGUAAGCUCAUCACAAAAGAACAAGAAGUUACUGAACACAUCCCUUUCAACAUUUUGUCCAAAUUUGCAAAGUUACUUGACAACACCAUUUAUUGGCAAGAGGCUUUUUACAGACGAGGUCAUCGAAGAAGAUGACCAAGAUGGGACCAAAGAUCAACCAAUCCCUGUCAUCGAUGAGUUGCAAUUAUCUCCGGACGUUCAAAUUCUGGGGGAGAGAGUAUUCAAUGGUUCAUGCUCUAACAUGGUAAACACAGCAGACAAUCUGUACAACAGCAACCUUACAUUAGGCAGUUACUCAAGUGGCAAGGAAAAUCUGCCUCCCAAAAGGCUUGUACGCCCAAGCAAGUAUCAAUGCUCACCUUUCGAUAACGAUCUGAGAGGCCCUCUCACGCCAUCUGAGAAGCAGCUACACAGCAACAUUGUGGCACUAGGCAAAAUUGAACCUGAUAGAAGGGCAGUGUUGGUUGAUAAAACCAGUCUAUCCCUUGGACAACUCGGCAAUUCAUUCGACACCAACGGACAUGUGGAAGCUUAUGUUUUCAAUGUUUUCUACCGGUUGCUCUUUCGUGAUAACCAUCCAAGGCAAUCAAAGAAGCACUACUUCUUCACUACUAUCGCUGAUUAUUUUCUUCAAGCAUGGACUACUGAAGAAGGAAGGAUAUCAAUGAGAAGGAGAGCACUUAUAAGUUUUAGUGGAGCAGGAACAACAUUGCCUCUACAUGAAAGUGAACGUCUGUUUUUUCCAUCAGUACAUCACGAGCACUGGAUAUUGUUUAUUGUUGAUAUUGUUGCAAGAAAAUUCAUUUUCCUAGAUUCAGUUUAUGAUGGCGAGUCACCCUUUCACAUGGAGGUAAAAGAUUUGAUGAUAAACAAUUUUCUCAAAACAUGGGAAGAGUCGAGACUCAGGAGAAUGGGGUUCAGAAACUUUGGUAUAGAAUACCCAAACAUGCCUAAGCAAAUUGGAAGAGAUGCUUGCGGGAUUUUUGUGCUCAAGUGGAUGCAAACUUUUGCUUCGCGGAAUCCUCUCCAGCCCCAAUUCAGGAUGAAGGACGUGGCAGAUGCAAGGGUCAGACUUGCUGUUGAUAUCCUCUUCAGCAAUCCUAACACUGAUGAUGAUGCCAAAAGACUUGUCAAGUACUUUCGUCAAUAAACUGGGAGUUGAGGACAACAUUGAUCUACAAGGGGGGGAGGGGCAAAAAGAAUGAAGAACUAAAGAAAUACUCUAGAUUUUUUAGAUGUCUUUCUCUUUUUUUUUGUACAUGUUUUUUGUGUUCGCUCGAUGAGUAUCUUGGGAAAAUCAACGGAUAUACCAGAGUAAUGCAAAGAAUUUUUUGUUCGGAUAAAAACAUUUUUUUACAUUGAAGGGUAAUGGAAAGUAUUUGUUUUGUCUUC